UCCUCCUCUGGACUCGUCUUCAGCACCAUGGACAGCACCGCGGAGAGGCUGGACGCUGCAGGAUUCUUACAGACUUGGCAACAGUUUGACAUCAAGGAUAACGGGUUCAUAGAAGAGAAGCAGCUGGAUGCCUUCUUCCAAAGCAUUUUGGGAAAAUCUGAGAUGAAGAUGGAGGAGAUGACCGCGGACAGAAUACGACGACUGAGGGAGAGUCUCCCGUCUUCACCGGGUGACACAGACAACAGACGUCUGCACAUACACGAGCUGGCCGCCAUGAUUCUUCCAGAGGAGGAGAACUUCCUGCUCCUUUUUCGCCGUGAAACGACGCUCGACAACAGCGUGGAGUUCAUGAGGAUUUGGAGAAACUACGACACAGACAGCAGCGGCUUCAUCUCAGUCAAUCAGCUCAAGGGCUUCCUUCAGGACCUUUUCCUUGAACAUCGGCGGUCCAUCACACCCGACAAACUGGAGGAGUACACCGUCACCAUGAUGAAGAUGUUUGACAAAAACAAAGGUGGCCGACUGGACCUGAACAACCUGGCCAGGAUUUUAUCCCUGAAGGAGAACUUCUUACUCAAGUUCAAGAUGGACGCUUGCAGUCAAGAGGACCGGAAGAGAGAUUUUGAGAAGAUAUUCGCUCACUAUGAUGUUAGUAAGACAGGUGAGUUGGAGGGUCCUGAGGUUGAUGGCUUCGUGAAGGACAUGAUGGAGCUGGUGAAGCCCAGCAUCAGCAGCACUGACCUGGACCUGUUCAGGAAAGCUCUGAUGCAUCACUGCGACAUCAACGGAGAUGGAAAGAUCCAGAAGAACGAGCUGGCUCUGUGUCUGGGCCUCAAACACAGCUAACAGUUUCAUUCUCCAUCAGUGUUCCCCUUUAACCUCCACUUCUUUACCUUUUAACACACAAUAUUUAUUCUGCCCUCCCGUCUGACUCUUCCUCAUCUUCAUCUUUCUGCCCCUCAGUUUGGUGUUGGAUGGAUAUCACAUUAAAUUACAUAAUAUUAUUUUUAUUAUGAGCACAGUAAAUGUCCGUCAGACAUCCGAUAAAUGUGGAUUUAAAUGCAGCCAUGAUGAAUCCACAGGUUAUAGUUGGGGUUUUAUUCAUGUAUGCCGUGCUUCUUCUUUAUCCUGUGAUGAUAUAAAAAUGUUUGCUUGAAAACAUUAAUGUCAAAAUGAUAAAUGAUGUUUAAUAAAAGUUAUUUCAUCUUU